AUGAAACGAAACUUUUUUCUUUUUUUUUUUUUAAAAAAAACCAAUUUCCUUAACUUUUAUCUCCCCUGCCAUUAUCAUCUUUUCCUCCUUUAUUAUAACCUUUGUCUUCCUUUCAUUUUCCCUCUUAAUAUCAUAUUCUUCUUCUUCUUCUUCUUCUUCUUCUUCUUCUUCUUUCUUUCUUUCUUUCUUUCUUUCUUACUUACUUUUCCUUUCUUUCGUUUUUUUCUUUCCUUUGCUAUCUUUAUUUUCUUUUCUUUCAAACGUUCUUUCUGUUUUUAUUAUUCUUUCAUUCAUCCAUUCUCACUUUCUUUCUUUUUCCUUUCUUCUCUCAAAUUUCUCUCUCUCCUAUUUGUUUUCCUCCCUCUUCUUCUUCAUCACCUCCUUCUCCAUAAACCCCUACUUCUAGUGUUUCCUUUUUCUCCAACUCCCCUUUUAGUUUAUUUUUUUCUUUUUCUCUCUCUUCUCUCUAACAGAAGAUUGUCGUCUUUUCCCCCUUUCUUCAUCCCUUCUCUCUCUCCCUUUUCUCUCUCUCUCUCUCGUUUCGUUUUACUUUUCUUUUUCUCUCUAAUAUUUAACAGAAGAUUGUCGUCUUCCCCCUCUUUAAUUCUUCUCUCUCUCUCUCUCUCUCCCUCUUUCUCUUUUGUUUCUUUUUCUUUUUCCCUCUCUUCUAAAAGAUCAUCUUUUUCAACUCUCUCUUUUUUAUCGCUUUCUCAUUUGUUUUUUUUUUCUUUUUUUCUCUUUUACCUAAAAGAUUAUCAUGUUUUUUUACUCUCUUCGCCCACUCUCUCUUUCAUUCUCUUUCAUUUCCUUUUCCUUUUUUUCUCUUCUAUCUAA